ACGCAUUAUUGAUUGGCAUUCCCUGGAGGAGGAAACAGUCAGCAGCAGUCCGUGGGCCCUGGCUCCAAAACGAAACUUGCCGGAGAGCCGAUAUAUGUUGGUGCGGGCCAAAAGCAGGAACGCGUGCGUAAAAAAUUUGCAUUAAAAUAUCGCUCUUUCUUCCUAAAAUUCUCGCGUCUGGCGUCUCCGGUUUGCAAAGACAGACGCUCAGCUCUGCGCACCACGACGCAGCACAGCAGUGCCACAGCGCCCACUAUUUCAGAAGCUAGGAAUAUUAUUUCACAAGACUUGGAACGGCUCUCUUCAAAAAAAAAAAGUUACUAUCCAUUUCGACAACUUUCUUAGUAACUUUCGGGAAACGGACCGCGCGCCUCCGUUAAACAAAAACAAUAACACCAAAACAUCAAAUGACUGAAUGAAAGAGAAUCCAGCUCAGAUUUGGAAGCGAUAUUACUUUGCGUCUUUCUAGGAGUGUGAUCAACUUUAAAAAAAAAAAAAAAAAAAAAAGAAGCACCGGCGGCGUUUCUCAUCACACACAUGAAAACUUUCUGACACCGGGAAGCAACGGAGCCAAAGAGCGGAGAGAGAGCGCGCGCACCGGAGGAAGGAACGGAAGGCUCGAGCAAAAGCAGAAACAAAACCGGAGCAGGACAACACAUUUUUAUACACAGCACAAAAACUUAUCUCUGGACAAAGAAUCAACCACCACCACCACCACCACCCCCCUCCACCUCUUCUUCUCUUAAAGGAUAUGACAAAUGACAAGGACACAUUGGACCAUCUAUGCGCGAGCCGGUGUGUUUUCUGGAAAAGCGCAAAAACAAACAAAAAAAAAGGAGCAAAAAAACCAACAACACCUACUUUUGGCCAGUUUUCUCGCCCUCGCCUUGGAUCUCAUCUUGUCGGCUUGUAGAUUCCUCUCGUCGUCCUCCGUGAGCCCAGAAGCAGCAACAACACUAUCUUCAUCUCACCAGCAUUGUCAGUUUGGACACCUUCGCACAUGCGCACAGGCCAUUCAAUCUGACACCCUCGCCGGGGCCAAAAAACUUUCCAAUGUAUUCAUCAUCAUCACUUUUUUUUUUUGUCCUAUCGUCUCCCCUUUAGAUCACUUAUCUCUUCCCCUCCUCCUCUUCCUCCUCCUCCUGCGCUCUCCUCACCAUCUUACCUUCCCUCCCUCCCUCCCUCCCCUUACCCGCGUCCCCCUCCUCACCCCUGCAGCCCCCCCACCCCCCCCCCCACCCAGCCCAUUUAGCUUCUGCCAGCAGCCUCUUGGAGUUUUUAGCCCUUUAACUGGGAGAACUUGGGUUUUCUGCAACCUGCGGUGGACACAGAGGACACGCAGCGGCCACAGCAGCUGUUUGACGCAUGCACCGGCACAGUCCGCGCGCACCGGUGGACGAAAACCCGGGGCUUUUUUUUUUUUUUUUUUUAAUACUUCUGCGUCUUUUUUUCCCCCACAAUGUUCAGGUUUGCAACAAUCAUAUCUGCAGCAGGUAUUUGUCACAGGAGUGUUUGUGGUUCAGGUUCAGCUGCGACGCACCGCGUAUAAAGGAGGAGAAAAAAAACAAAAAAACAACCACCUGAACAGGACAGACAGACGGACAGAUGGACUCAGUUGUGAGUAUUGCAGUUUUGCACCUGUUUGUUUGUUUGUUUGUUUAUUUGUUUGUUUGCUGCAGGAAAGAGGACAGCAGUGCAACGGUAAUAUAUGACAGCAGCAUCAAUGAAAGCAGCUCGUCUGACGGUGGCAGGCGGGUCCGUCUCAGCCAUGUGCUGCGGUGCCGGGGCCUUUUAGCCUACAUGUCAUAUGGGAAUGGUUUCCGUCAAGUUUGGCUGAAUAAAGGCGGCUCUAUGUUGGAGCCUAUUAAAGAUCGGUGGUGAUGGAGCGGCUGCAGUCUGCUGGGACAGCGGCAGGGAUCAAUUCACUGCGCACUAAUCACACACCGCUGCUAUAUGGAUUACUCAGAUUAAUGCGCAGGGAUUAUUCUUACUCUGCUUCUUAUUUUUCUUUAUUCCUUGUACUUGUGUUUUCUUUUUUGUUUUUGUUUUUUUGUGUUAUUGCUAUUACUGGUACCGGUUUGUCUGGACUUCCUCUGGUCGCUUUUUGCUCCAGGACUGAGCGGCAGCUUGCACUUAUCACGCACACGAACCUAAGCCAUUAUCAGAAUACAAGCCUCGAGUUGAUCAAACACAGCCUGCAGGGGUGUUAUCCCAGCAGCUGAAGCUAAAUGAAUACUGUGAUCAUGAAUCAAUAAUAAUCACAAGUAAUUAGCCCACAUUGGCUUUAUAUGAAAGUGUGCGUCUUGGCACGAGGAGACCAGAAGGGUGAUGCUAUUGGUUUGGCUGUACGUAAUAAAGAACUAAAAUGUUCAUUCACACCUACAGUGGAUUCUAAAUGUCAUUAUUAUCACCAUUUUAUUUAUAAAUCUGUGAUAAUUUCGUAUAGAAUUAAAGAAAAGGAACAACAACAAAAAAAUAGAUAAAUGAACAAUAACGUAUGUGAAAAACAGUGGCGUGUAAAGGCUCUGUUUAUUCUUUGGUGUCUAGGAAAGUUGCGACAGGAUAUCGGUAAUCCAUUGUUUUAAUCGAUCGCCUCUAUUGAUAUCGCGAGGAAGCAGGGGGAACAAAAAAAAAAAAAAAAAAAAAAGCAUUCGACAAAACUUUCUCCUGUUCAGACCAGG